AUGACCCAGCAGCUGAGCAGCUCGCCUUUCCUCAAACCUUUCUUCCUCAAGACGCCCGUCCGAGUGGUCAGCCCGCUGAGGCAGAGGAGACACACGCUGCCCGCCAGCGAGUUUAGGAACCUGACGCCUCAGGACGCCAUCAGUGUGUUUGAAAUUGAGAGAGAAGCCUUCAUCUCUGUGUCCGGCGAGUGCCCUUUGACCCUGGAAGAGGUCCUGUACUUCCUGAGUCAGUGUCCUGAGCUGUCCCUGGGCUGGUUUGAGGAGGGCCAGCUCGUUGCCUUCAUUAUUGGAACGGGCUGGGACAAGGAGAGGCUUUCACAGGAGGCCAUGACCCUUCACGUGCCGGACACGUCCACGGUGCACAUCCACGUACUGUCGGUGCACCGCCAUUGUCGCCAGCAGGGCAAAGGCUCCAUCCUGCUGUGGCGCUACCUGCAGUACCUGCGCUGCAUGCCCCGCCCCCGCCGGGCUCUCCUCAUCUGCGAGGACUUCCUGGUGCCCUUCUACCUCAAGGCCGGCUUCAAGGAGAAAGGCCCGUCUGCCAUCAGUGUGUCCAACAUGCGUUUCCAAGAGAUGGAGUACCUGCUUGGGGGGCAGGCGUACGCCAGGCGGAAUAGCGGCUGCUAGCCCCGCCCUCCAAAAAAACAAACAAUUCAUCCAAAAUGGACUCGCGCAGCACACAGGAUUUCAUUCCACUGUCAUAGUUUGUACAUCAACACAUGUAUAUAUUAUAUUUAUAUUUCAAGAAAAAACUCUCAGCUUUGUCAUGUAGGUGAAAAAGUGUAUUAUUAGUAUGAAAUUUGCUCAUUUUUCCAUUUUUUUUUAAUUUUCUGAUAUUUUCUUCUUGUAAAUUUCUUUCUCGGCUUUA